AUGCGUACUUCCACUCUGUUCGCCGGAGCCGCAUUGGCUGCCAGCGCCUUCGCCAGCCCCAUGUUCAAGCGCGAUCUUGAGAUCGACACCGUCUAUGACACCGCCUACGAGACAGUCUACGUUACCGAGACCGAGGGUGUCACUGUCCCCGUCACUGUCCCGGCAGCUGCCCCAGCUGCUUACUCGACCCCUGUCGAGCAGGCUGCUCCUGCCGUGACUCCCAAGGCUGCCAUUCCUGCCCAGGGCGGCUAUACCAGUGCCUGGACUAGCUACUGGACCGUGACUCCCUCUGCUGAACCCACUGUUGUUGCUUCUUCUUCUGCUGCUCCUGCAGCCACCACUCAGGCUAGCAGCACCAUCGCCGCUCCCGCUGGCAAGGCCACCACCUACCAGGAGCGCGUUGUUGACCACCACAACGUCCACCGUGCCAACCACUCUGCUCCUGCCCUUGAGUGGGACUCAGCACUCGCCGCCACUGCCGCCAAGAUUGCUGCCACUUGCGUCUACGCCCACAGCAUGGAUGUCGAUGGCGGUAACUACGGUCAGAACAUCGCCGCUGGUGUCGAAGCCAACAACGUCUCUGCUGUCAUCACUGAGCUGUUCUACAACGGCGAAGUCGGCUACUACACCAACCUCUACGGCCAGGCCAACCCCGACAUGACCAACUUCGAGAAGUGGGGUCACUUCUCCCAGCUCGUCUGGAAGGGUACCACCAAGGUCGGCUGUGCCACCCAGUACUGCUCUGGCGGUCUUGCCAACGUUGGUCAAUACGUCUCUCCCCACUUCACUGUCUGCAACUACGGUGCUCCUGGUAACUACGCCGGUGAAUACGCCGACAACAUUGGUGCAUCGCUCAACCAGGCCACACAGAGCUGGUCCUACAACCUGUAA